UCAGCCAUCCACCCAUGGCCACCUUCUUCACAGCCACCCUGAAGAGAUUUCGAGGGGGUGAUGAGGAGCCACCCAAGGGGCCCACCAAGGAUGGCAAGGUGGCCACGCCACCCAACGGCUUAGGCCGCGAGGAGUUUGAGGAGUACCAGCGGCAGCUGCUGGAGGAGAAGAUCGAGCGGGACAAGGCCUUUGCACAGAAGAAGGCAGAACGGGCCACUGUGCGGAUGCACCUGCGGGACAAGUACCACCUGCCCCAGGAUGAGCGGGACGAUGCUCAGCUGCACGUGGCCGGUGGCACAGUAGAGCUGCCGCAGGAGCUGGCUGCCAUGGUGCAGAGCGAAGAGCAGGAGGAGGAGGAGGAUGACGGUGUCGGGGCCUUCGCCUUCCUGACAAAGAUGCAGGACGUGGACCUGCCAGCACUGCGGGACCGUGCGCUGGGUACUGUGGACGAGGUGAAGGAGAAGUGUGCCCUGAUGUAGCAUCGCUGCCCACCCUGCCGGCGGAUGACACCAGCAGUGCUGGGGCUUAGCCCUUGUUCCUCGAGAGCAAUGGUAUUAUAGAUCUAUUACCUAGGGGUGGAGGUCGAAAUACGUGAGCUGGAAGGGCAUUUUCCUCCCCCAAACCACUCCCUGUUGGUUCUCUGAGGUGCGCUGUGUGAGUGCUGGGUUGCAGUAUGCCUGGAUCUCCUCUGGCUGUGUUGGUCAAGCCCAUCCCUGUGGUGGCCCUGGUAUGACAGCGUGGGUGGUGGUGCUGGAACCAGUCCUGGGGCCUCAUGCACUGUUUGGCUCAAUAAAUGAGGUGU